AUGGCCGUUCCGAGACGUCUUAGCGAUCGGCGAUGGGGAUCAGCGAGUCGGUGUCGGGACGAAGCCGAUAGCGUGUUCGGGCAGCAGCAGCGCGGGAUCCGGAGCGUGCAGGGGACGAGGGCGAGAGAGCAAGCAGGCAGGGACUACGCCAUGAUAAGGCCCUCGCUCUCGCUGGCCUUCCCCCAGGGCCGCUGCAACCAAGGAACACAGUACGUACCGGCAAUCCCACGCCCCCUGCACCGUCACUCGACUCCCCCCAACUUGCCGUGGCCAUGCUCCGAUGUUGGCUUUGUCGUGACCCGUUCGCAGCCGAUUACAAGGCCCAUAUCAGCAACCCUCCAUAUCGGCUCCUCACGCUGCGCCAUCCGUCCUUCCAUGCCUCGCGCCCACAACCCCCCAUUGGCGUUAUCGUGCCGCGGGGGUCGUCACGCCGCCGCCAAAAAAGGUCCGACUUCGCUCCUCGACACACGUGUUUGUCCGACAGGCUCCCUCUGCAAGACAUCCAUCCCGCAAUGGACCAACAUGCCCCAUCACCCGAGGCGUGACGUGAGCACUGCGACACCCUGCCCCGCGUGGACAAGCCCUCACCCGUGA